UAGCAGUUCUCCAAAUGCUUUGUUUUAUUAUUACCUAACUGGAUAUUAUUUGUACCGUAUAUUAAACGAAUGUACUCCGAUAAACUUUUGUAAAACUAUUUUUUCCAACAAAACACAGUUCAGAAGACGACAUAAACUAAGACUUAAAUUUUCUAUGGAGAGAUAAAAGAAGGCUGCAAAUAAAAUGAAUCUUUCUGAUGAUACAGAGGAGGGGGGAUCUGUUCAGCACCAGUCUCCUGAAAUCAGUGAUGGAACACUGACCUUUGACCCCAGGCAGAAGAUACACACAGCAGCAUCGUCAGAACCCAGCUGUGUUUCUGUGAAGAGUAAUUGGUCUAUUGAUCACCCCCCUGGAUUAACUGAUGCAAAAAUGACCUCUGACCAAAGUGUGAGAUUCAGCAGGCAGUCAGUUUCUGCUGCUGCAACCCACUGUUACACAGAACCAGCUCUGCAGAUACAUCAUCAAGUGGAAGAUGUCCUGCAGAGAGUCAAAAAUGAUCACAGAACCAGAAUGAAGGACAAGUAUGACAGUUUAUUUGAAGGAAUCAACACACAAGAGGAUAAAACCCUCCUGAACAAGAUUUACACACAGCUCUACAUCAUUGAGGGAGAGAGUGAAGGGGUGAAUAAAGAACAUGAGGUUUUACAGAUAGAGAAAACACAACUUUUACAAGACACUCCAAUCAAGCUCAAUGACAUAUUCAAUCCCACACCUAAACAAGGAUGUGAGAAGAAGAGAAAAAAGUGUAAAGCAAAAAUAAAGACAGUGCUUACUAAAGGCAUCGCUGGAAUCGGAAAAACAGUCUCUGUGCAGAAGUUUGUUCUCAGUUGGGCUGAGGGAAAUGCAAAUCAGGAUGUAGAUUUCAUGUUUCUUCUUCCAUUUCGAGAGCUAAACUUGAUCAGAGACCAACAGAUUAGUCUUCAUAAUCUACUGCUUGUCUUCUACCCUGAACUUCAAGAUCUGGACUCACAGAUAUAUAAUGAGUGCAAAAUUGUGUUCAUCUUUGAUGGUCUGGAUGAAAACAGAAAUCCACUAACUUUUUCAGACAUUGAGAGAGUUUGUGAUGUAACUAUGACAUCAUCAAUUGGUGCAUUGAUCUCAAAUCUAAUCAAAGGAGAGUUGCUUCCUUCAGCUCUCAUCUGGAUAACAUCCAGACCAGCAGCAGCCAGUCAGAUCCCCUCUCAGUACAUCAGCCGUGCUACAGAAAUUCAGGGAUUUAUUAAUACUCAUAAGGAGAAAUAUUUCAGGAAGAGAAUCAGUGAUGAGCAUCAAGCCAACAAAAUCAUCUCACACAUCAGAAAAACAAGAAGCCUCCACAUCAUGUGCCACAUACCACUCUUCUGUUGGAUCUCAGCCACUGUGUUUCAAAAAUCCCUGGAAAAACAAGAUGUCGAAGAAAUUCCCAAAACUCUGACUGAAAUGUACAUACACUUUCUACUCAUUCAGUUAACCAUGAUGAAUCAGAAAUAUGACAAAAGAGAUCCAAAGAAAGCCUUCCAGUCAGACAGAGAUGUGAUUGAGAAACUUGCCGAACUGGCAUUCAAACAGCUGAUGAAGGGCAACGUCAUGUUCUAUGAGGAGGACCUGAGAGAGAGUGGUAUAGAUGUCAAUGUGGCUUCAGUGUAUUCUGGGAUUUUCACUGAGAUCUUUAAGGAGGAAUCUGUGAUUUAUCAGAGGAAGGUCUACAGCUUUAUACAUCUGAGCUUUCAGGAGUUUCUUGCUGCUUUUUAUUGGUUUUAUUGCUAUGUAUGUAACACUAUGAAUAAAGUGUUUCAUCCACUUAAGGUUUUUGAUUCACUGCAUAAUUUACUCAAAGGAGUCAUAGAUGAAGCCUUAAUGAAUGAAAGUGGACACUUGGACCUUUUCCUCCGAUUCUUAUUGGGCAUCACACUGGAGUCCAAUCAGAGACUCCUGCAGGAUCUACUGACCCGCACAGAGAACAGCACAGAGAGCAUCAAGAAAACAGCUAGUUACAUUAAAGACAUAAUCAAAGAAGAACAUGACAGACUCUCAGCUGGAAAACCCAUCAAUCUCUUUCUCUGUCUAUUUGAACUGAAUGACAAAUCUCUGUACAGAGAGAUCAAGGAGUUUGUGAAAUCAGAGAAACUCUCAGAGAAGAAACUCUCUGCGUCACACUGCUCAGCAAUAGCCUACAUGCUUCAGAUGUCAGAGGAGGUGCUGGAUGAGCUGGACCUGAAGAAAUACAAUGUGUCAGAGGAAGGCAGAAGACGACUGAUACCAGCUGUGAUGAACUGCAGAAAAGCUUUUCUUGCUGAAUGUAAUCUCACUGAUCAGUCUACUAAAACAGUGGCUUCAGCUCUAAUGUCAGAAAACUCCCCUCUGAAAGAGCUGGAUCUGAGUAACAAUGACCUGCGCGAUUCAGGAGUGAAGCUGCUCUCUGAUGGACUGAAGAAUACAAACUGUCAACUGGAAAUACUGAGGUGUAGGAUAUGUUGUUUGUAUUUGGCUUCAGCUCUGAGAUCAAACCCUUUACAUCUGAGAGAGCUGGAUCUUAGCUACAAUUACCCAGGAGACUCAGGAGAGAAGCUUUCUGAUCUGCUGGGGGAUUCAAGCUUCAAACUGGAGAAACUACAUCUGGACCAUAAUGAACACUUCAGAAUGACACCAGGACUAAAAAAAUAUGCCUGUGAUCUCACACUGAAUGAAAACACAGCACACACUCUUCUCAUUCUGACUGAGGACAGCAAAAAAGUAACAUGGACAAAAGAGAAACAGCCAUAUCCUGAUCAUCCAGAGAGAUUCAUGCAUCCGCAGCAGAUUCUGUGUAGAGAGAGUCUGUCUGAACGCUGUUACUGGGAGGUUGAACUGAAAGGCUGGGCCCAUAUAGCUAUGACAUAUAAAGGAAUCAACAGGAAAGGAGAGACUGACUGCCAAUUUGGAAUCAAUGAAAAAUCCUGGAGUUUGUACAGCUGUGACACAAUCUAUACUGUCUGGCACAACAAUAAGAGAACAAACAUAUCUGCCCCUUCAGCCUCCUCUAACAGAGUGGGAGUGUAUCUGGACUGGCAGGGCGGCUCUUUGUCCUUCUAUAGCAUCUCUGACACACAGUCUCUCACACACAUUCACACAUUUCACUCCACAUUCACUGAGCCCCUUUAUGCAGGAUUUAGACUUUAUCCUGAUUGUUCAGUGUCUCUGUGUCAGAUUUUACAAAGUUAAAAUAACCAUCUUUCAACUUUUUCCUUUAAUGCACAGUUUUGCGCACGCACACACACACACACACACACACACACACACACACACACACACACACACACACACACACAAAACACUCUGGUCUCAUGCAUUUAAAUCCUGAGAAAAGUAUGUCCCACCCUGUUUAUACACAUUAAUGCAAACUCUUUCACCACAAGGGGUCAAGGUUUCACUGGUUAGUAUGGCUCAUUUAGCCCAUGCAGGUAGACGUAACUACACCAUCAGGGCCCAAAAAACAUCUUUCCCAAUUAAAAGCCAUUCAAAAGUGUCUUCUGUCGCUACCUCUCUGUAAAGUAAUGUGUAGUUGCUUAAUAUGUAAUCUAAUAAGUCUUCAAAAUUGUAAACAGAAGUGGUGUUGAAAAGCCAUGCAUUGCAGUUUUAUCUUGUUACGACUGAUGUUUCAAACUUCUUUUGCCUCACAUAUAGCCUGUCAACAGUUAUGAAUUACAUUUACAUUAAAAUAAAAUACAUUAAUUAUCCUGAAAUAUGAUAGCUUAUUUAAAUACAUAUUUACUGUUAUGCUGUAUGUAAAACUAGUUCUGGAAUAAUAUUUACACAUGCACGUCUUUUUUUUUCUCCCCUUUUUCUUCCCAAUCCGGGUGGCGGCAGAAGAAUCUCAGUUGCCUCUGCAUCUGAGACCGUCAGUCCGUGCAUCUUAUCUCGUGGUUUGUUGAGCGUGUUACCACAGAGACGUAGCGCGUGUGGAGGCUUCAUGCUAUUCUCCACGGCAUCCAUGCGCAACUCACCGCACGCCCCACCCAGAGCGAACCACAUUAUAGUGACCACGAGGAGGUUAACCCAACUUGACUCUACCCUCCCUAGCAACUGGGCCAAUUUGGUUGCUUGGGAGACCUGGUUGGGGUCACUCAGCAUGCCCUGGAUUCAAACUCAUGACUCCAGGUGUGGUAGUCAGCGUCUUUACUUGGUGAGCUACCCAGGCCCCCCACAUGCACAUCUUUAGUACUUUAUUGAUAUGCAUAAAUGAAAUAAAUGUUUUCUUAUGUUUUGGAUGUAAUUAAAUGCCUAUUUAUGGUGCUUACACCUUUAAUUAGAAAACUGAAUUCAUUAUGUUACAUGAUGGGACUGUCACAAAUUAAGGUUUCUUUUUUGUCUUUAUUCUUGUUUGAAUUUUAUUUAUUGUAUUUUUCCGGUGGAUGUUUUUGUAGUUCUGUUUGUGGUUUUGGGUGUGUGGAAACCAGCAACCAGAUAAAAUAAUUUUUUUCAUCUGCUGUGUUUUAUGCAAUGAUUCUCAACUGAUGGAUCACAAGUGUGUUACACAGGUAGCAGGGGGGAAAAAACAAUGCUAAAAGCAAAUAACAAAAUGCAAGUUUUUAUUAAUUAAAGGGAUAGUUCUUCCAAAAAUGAAAAUUAUCUCAUCAUUUACUCACCCUUGUGCCAUCCCAGAUGUGUAUGACUGUGUAUGACAAUGCAAGU